ACUAGCCAGAUGGAGUCACACUCGCGCGAAAAAUGGCGGAAAUGUGUGGUUUCUGCACGUUAACAACAUCAGCUCUUCAAAGCGUUGCUCCAUAAGCAUCAUCCUGUGUUUGUCUGCACGCGUGAGUGUGUCACAGCUGUGUCUUUUAUAUGUAAGGCUCUGGGUUUAGAGAGGAAAGCAAGAUGCAAAAAGAUUCAAUUUCCACCUCUGGCCACGUGAUAUACAAUCAAGCUCAAACUCAAGAACCCUCUAUCAAGUCUUUCCAGUGUAGUCACUGUACACUUCUCUUCAAAUCCAAGGUCUACCUUUUUGAACACCUCAACAAGGUGCAUGGCUUUGAUGUAGAUGUUGCUCUCAGAGAUGCUGGUUUAAAAAAUGCUGGAACUACCAAAGCCAGCACCGACAACGAAAGCAACAGUUCAGGAGAUCAUUUUGAAUGCCAGCAUUGUGAUUUUAAAGCUCGCAGUCGGGACGUUUUAAAUGAACAUGACAAACACUGUCAAAAUAAAACCGAGGAUCAGAAUGUGAUAGGAAAUCUAAUCAGUUCUGAAAACCACAACACCAAAAAUCCUUCGACGGACCAGAUCAAGGAAGCUGCUGGAGCACGAGCGAUUUCCUCCACUCUUUCAGUUACGUCUACCUCAAAAACUAAAUGCACACUUAUCUCAUCAAAGGAUGUGAAAACAUACAAGAGGCCAUUGCAAACCAUCACCAAGUACUUCGUGUCAUCUUCUGGAUCAACUGGGAAAUCCCCAGUGAAGUUAACUGACAGCACAGUGCUUCUAGAUGGCACCAAAGAAACCUUGGUUUUGCAAGAAUCUCCCCAAGACUCCAGCCCAAACAGUAGUGGUGUGUUUAAAGUCACUGCCAAGCCCACGAUAGAUAUCUCUGGAUGUAAAUCUGACCGUUUUUUGCUACGCGACCAACUUCUAGUUAGUGACCUGCGAGCGCCAAAGCCUGAGGAACAAUAUGAAGGAACAGUUCCUAGCAAUGUUGGCAAGAGGACCAAUAAUGAAAGCUCAAAAGGACCUCCUGCUAAAAAAGCAAAGGAAGAGACAAAGAGAAGAGAGAAAGCCGAUGCAAGUCAACAACAACAACAACAAUCAUCAAGUAACACAGAGUUUUCAUUUGAAUUUAGUGAAGAUGAAGAAGAAAAGAAGGCUAAUCUUGUUAAUGGAGACAUGAAAAGCCCAAAAGUUUAUUUUUGUAAGCACUGUGACUACACUGACGUUAGCAUCAGACUUGUGUCAACCCAUUAUCAGAACAACCACCCUUAUGUAAGAUAUAAAACCGUUUACAUUCAGGAGCCGAGUGAUCAAAGCGCUACCUUUCGUUGCCUGGAGUGUCCAGUUGAGUUUUUCAGUGUAGCUGACCUCAAGAGACACUAUACGGAAAAUCAUCCAGAGGCCCCAAAUGUAUUCACGAUGCAAUCAUCUGAACUCCGUUUGCUUUUCAAAUGUUUUGUCUGUCAAUUUACCACGACUGCAUUGAAGACCUUGAUAAAACAUUACAAGCAAACACACCCAACACACAAAGUGGACAAUUCCUUGAUGUACUGCAGAUACUCGGUGACUAGCUGCCAAGAGGAAUCAUCACAGUCGAAUACAAGUAAAAAAGCGCCCAGUCCAGAAAGACCACAAGGUCUUGAGAGUGCGCGUGAACCAAGUAAGGAAGUCAAAAAUGCACCCCCACCCCAACAUCCCAGCUCCAAAAGAGCAGAAGGGGCAUUGUAUCAUUGCAACAACUGCAACUUUAGUCACAAGUCAGCUGUAGGUUUGCAUGUCCACUACCAAAAAAAUCACCCAGAUGAAGCGGUCACAAUAGACACAAUUAAGCAGUCAGCUCGUGCCACAACAUCGCAGAUGAUGCCUGAAAAGUCCCCAGACUCUGUGACAACAGUAGAAAAAUCUACAUCUCAAAAAAACACAUCCGGUCCUUAUGAGGGGACAAGAAACCAAGCUGAUCUUUCACAGCAAAAUAUUUCAUUGUCAUUGAGAAAUCCUAAGGCCACACCAGAAGCUUCUAAGACUCGUUCAGAGUCUACAAAAACAGAAGGAAAGAAAGUGGAAUUUUCUGAAGAUAAAAGUAAACAAGUGAAAAGGCCUACCAAACGUAUUAUGGAAAUGUCUGCUGUAAUGGACAGUUUAUCUAGUAGUUCAACAAAUAAAUUGUUUUACUGCCAGUUUUGCGGUUACUCAAGUACCAACAUCAAAAGCGUUGUUAGUCAUCAUAACUCAAAACACGCUGCGCAGGAACCAACCGAUAUUGAAGAGAUCCUGUGUCACAGUGCUAAGGUGCAGAAAAAGAAACUUCAAAGAGAAGCUAAAGCCUCAAAAAGAGCUGCAUCUUCUGAUUCUAAAACUAGCAAACAAGUAGAGGAACGUAGUGAAAAGGAACUUCAGCAUAAAGAUAAUGAGGCAGCAGAUUCUUUGGCGAUGGGAUUUAAUGCUUAUGCAUGUGCAGAAAACUUGUUUUACUGCCAAAAGUGCAACUAUGGAAAUCCAUCUGUAAUCGGAGUAUUGAGCCAUCAAGCCAAAGUUCACCAAAGCAUUAAUUCCAGCAGGGAUUGCAUUAUUGAACAUACAGCCUCGGUUCGCGAUCAAAUCGAAAAAUCUAAAUCUCAAGCAAAGGAGUUAUCCUUUUCUACUCAUCUACCUCUUCCUCUUAUGAAUGAGAGUGAUGGACCUGCGUUUUUCUGCCACUUUUGCAACUAUAGACACAGAACUGUGCACGAGGUACUUCGACAUUACUUCAAAAUACACCGUGGAUUCCUGGUUACGGGUGAACAAGUUCGUCUGUAUACUAAUAUGGUUCUCAACCAGACACAGACAAUUGCAAACCAAGAAGUCCGUCAUGCAUCCCUUGGGGAAAAAGAAGAUGAACAAGACAAAACAAAAAAGCUUGUCAAAGUUUCUGCCUCACAAACACAGAGGACCCUUCAUUGCCAUAGAUGCCCAUACAGCACUCAAUAUGUGUAUCUUUUAAGGAGGCACAUGUGGAAAAUCCACAAGGCCAAUCGCUCAGUCACUGAGGUUUUAAAAGUGUGUUUUAAACGAGGAACUUUACAGACAGGGUAUCACUGCGAUUUGUGUGUUUUCUCUCACAAAAAAGCAGCAGCUGUGUAUAAUCACUACCAGGAACAACACCCAGGACGUAGACCAAGCCUUCAGUAUGUUACUACUCGGUUGUAUGUUGGUCCUGAUGCAAGCCCUCCUAAAAAGAAGAAACCUCAAAUAAAGAACACUGACCGUGGUAGCGACGGCGAUGACACUGAUGCCAGCUUACGAGCUCAAAGAUCUGGGCAAAACGAAACCAAGAUGUAUUCGUGCAGAGCAUGUUCGUUUAAAGGAAGCUCGAAGUCAGACAUCGCAUGCCACUACCGCGCUGUUCAUCCUUGGUCUGUGAAAGAAGACGGCUCAGUCCUGGACGUCCUUAACAGCAAGAAGCCGGGUGCAAACAGGCAGGUGCAAGACCACAAUGAAAUGCCUUUGACAUUUGAUACCUACCAAGCGCCUCUUGAAUUUGAAAAUUCCCCUGGUUCAUCUCAUGAAGCAACAGCAUCUCCCGCUACGUUCAAGUGUGUUUACUGCCCUGCAAAGUUUCCUAGCCAGCGUGGGCUCAACACUCACUGUGGAAUGAAACACCAAGACGCUUUAGCUGAAAAUUUAGAUGAACAACAGGAAGAGCAAGUACAAACCCAAACACGUGUGCAUGUCUUUAAGUGUCCACAUUGUACCUACGUGAAUACCAAUUAUCAUGGAGUCCUCACUCACUGCCAGAUGAGGCAUCCUGUCCUUGCAUCCAGGGCAGACAGUUUUUACGUGGAUGAAGCACAUGUACGCAAGUGGGAGCACUGUUUGAAAAGAAAAGGCCAUGGCAUAAGACUUAGUGGGUACAUGUGUAAAACCUGCCCAGAAAUCUAUGCAACGCUGGAGAAGCUGAACAAGCACCGCGAGCAGGGCCAUAAAGGGACUGUGGCAAACGCAGUGGCAAACACGCCACAAUCAGCCCCUAAACCAUCAGCCAUGAGUAAAAAAAAACAAUACAAGGCCCUCAGCAAUCAGGGAACAGUAUCAAAAGCUUCCUUUUUAAGUAAGAAAACGUAUGCAGUGAUUAAGUGCCAGUACUGCUCUUAUGGUUGCAGCACACAACUUGCGCUUAGUCGGCACAUGCACGUUCGCCACCAGAAUGCAUCUGUUUCAAAGGUUCAGGAUUCUUUAUACAAGUGUGCCCUGUGUUCCAGUUCCUAUUUCAGGAAAAAGCGCCUUGGAAGCCAUUAUGCUAAUAAACAUGGAAAGGAAGCCUUCUUAAAAUACUGUGCUCCACUAUUCACGCAGGUGACACCAGCAACCACAGUUCCUGACCGUCCUUUAACUCAACAACCAGAUAACAAUUCUGAAGACAUGACGACAGAGGAUAACAAAAUGUUGGUCUACAGGUGUCCGUGUUGUCCUUAUAUGAAUGCUAGCUACCAUGGCACUCUCACUCAUUGCCAAAUGAAGCAUCCAGAUAUCGUAGCCAGGGCAGAUGAACUUCAGACAGAAGAAGUUCUUGUCACCAACAUAGUCAGUUGUACAAUGGGAAAAGGUUCUAAUACAAGAGGGUACGUGUGUAAAAAAUGUCCUCAAAUUCAUGUAUCAUUGAAGAAACUUAAAAACCACUUUGAGAGGGACCACGGUCAGGCUAUGGCAACAGCUUCUGAACAUCCAGUUCAAAAUGAAGCUGAAAAACAACCUGCUCAUGGCUCUCAAGGGUCCGUAUUGGAAGCUGUCUCUCCAAUAGAAAACCAAACGUCAGCAGUGAGCACCACAGAAACUGGCCUCAGUCACGACUUGGGAACUCUUGAGACGUGUCAACCAAGCACAGUACCGAACAAAGUAUUUCUGUACAAGUGCCACAUUUGUACCUAUAUAGGAUCGUGUCGGAGGUACCUGCAUUGUCAUUACAAAAAUACCCACAGAUUGGAUGCAUUGACCACACACAAACUGCUACAGAAGUAUAACAAAUAUAAACACAAGGCCAGCAACUUGCCUGAAGCUGAAUCAGAGGAAAGUGCAAACGUCAAAUGUAAGAUGUGUCAAAACUUAACAUUUGACUCGUCUCAGCUGCUUAUUGAUCACUAUAGUACUUUUCAUAGCUCAGAUUGCACAUUGGACUUCAUUGUUUUAUCACAAGCAUCAAAGAAAAGCACUGGACUUUACAUAUGUGCCCUCUGCAAGAAACAAAUGAAUGGAAUCCGAAAGUUGUGUGAUCAUCUGGAUCGCCACAGAGAGCAGAGGAAGAAGAUGGCGGAAGCUGCUGAGAGAACGCCAUCACUUGCCAUUACGACAGCACCAGAGGCCAAAUCCAUCGAACUCUGUAGGCAAGAUGAACUGCCCAUUUUUGAAACCGUGGCCGAACUGGCCCAGUGGAAUGUGACACCAACAGAGACCUUCACUUUGCCAACAAGUCCUCUGUUGUCGCCUUCAAAACAUGCCGAUCUGGAGCAACCAGAGCUGGACCCGAGGGAAGACGAACACACUUGCAAACAGUGUGGGCGGAAAUUCAUGUCGCUGAAAGGUUUACGUUCGCAUGAGCGCAGCCAUGCAGCCCUGGCGGCCAUCAAGAAAAUGGACAAUGUGUCUACCUCAGCAUUAAAGCACAACAUUAACAAAUACAUCAUCUACAAAGCUGGGACAAUACGACCAUUCCUAUGUAGCUUCUGUUCCUAUCGGACAACCGUCAUGGGCCUGUGGAGGAGUCAUUUUAUGAAAAAGCAUCAUGAUGUCCUUAUGGAUACUGCUGAGAGUGACUACCAAGAUGAGGAGAGUGCUGAGAGGGCUGACAAGGAUCCCCCUAAUUUGUCAGAGGAAUUGAACAAUUUAUCUGAACUUGAUGAAGAACUUGAAAUUACUGAAAAAUCGUACUUGGAGCCCCCAGAUGUGCAGCGGCAGUUGAACCAUUAUAACUUGAUGGCACAGGCUGGUGCUGCAUUGAAAGUAAACGUCCAAGAAACCAGUUUACCUGAGAACAGCCUGCUUCACUGUGAAGUCUGCAAUUUCAACACUGGACACCUGUCUAGUAUACGACGACAUUAUCUAAGGACCCAUGGAAAGAAGAUCCUCAGGUGUAAGGACUGCAACUUUGUCACUGGUUUUAGGAAAACUCUGGAAAUGCACAUUCAGACCGGUCACUCUACCUGCCAGUCAGAACCUACUCAUCAGAAAGACCUCCGCUGCCCUUUCUGCCUCUACCAGACCAAGAACAAGAAUAACAUGAUCGAUCACAUUGUCUUGCAUCGCGAGGAACGUGUUGUGCCAAUAGAGGUGCGUCGCUCAAAGCUGUCACGUUGCCUUCAAGGUAUUGUCUUCCGCUGUCAUAAGUGCACAUUCACGAGCGGCAGUGCUGAAAACCUGCGUCUGCACAUGAUGAGGCACGAUGACGUCAAACCCUACAAGUGCCGGCUGUGCUACUUCGACUGUACUCGGCUGACCGACUUGGAGGCACACUUGAGCGAUAAGCAUCAGGUUGUGAGGAAUCAUGAGCUUGUGGGUCAGAUCAGCCUUGAUCAGCUGGAGGUAAUGGUUGGCAUGCCAGAAGAAGACGGAUGUUUGUCUAACUUGGAGCGCCACAGCAAUGACAGAGAGGACGUAAGAACAGAGAAGUUUGUAUCAAACUUUAAUGAAGUUCCACACGAGACACAAGCUAAGAACCCGGCAGAAAAUAACAACAUGGAGAAUAUUACGCUACAGAUCAAUGAAGCGUAUCAGAAUCAAGAGCAGGAUGGGAAGAAUGGAAAUGAAGAAAACCCCGCUGAGAGCUCUGUAUUAGACCUUCAAGAUGAGAGUACAACACCAAACACCACUGUCCAACAGAAGCAUGAGCAGGACCCACAAGAACAAGCAGAAAUUAUAUUUUUGCCAGACUCUGCAAGAAGACAGAAGAUAGAAAAUACAGCAGAACAAAAUGUUGGUGGUGGAAACAGUACAGAUAUCCAGCUUGAGGAUCGCAAUUGUCCAGAGAAAGAGAGGCAGACAAACGAGAACCAAGCCCAACCCAAACUCAGAGAUGGUGAGGACAGCAGCAUAACGCUCACUCAACAAAAAGAGCAGGCAGCAGAGGGGAGCUCAACAACAUAUGGUAGAGUAGCUGAAAAAGCACAGAGCCACAAGCUACAUAUUAAGACGUUAAAGCAUAGGACGUUGAACUUUGAGGCUAGGAUAGAAAAUGAUAUAUUGCGCCAUAUCCUAUUGCUGGAUAAAGAGAGCAGCAACACUUUGGCCCACAACCGAAAGAAUCAAGUGAACACGGAGGACAUUUCCGCCUCUGCCAAAACAAAUCACAGGCUGGCGAAUAACAACAGGGCUCCAGAGAGUUUUACAGUUGAAAGGCAUUUGCUAACUAUUAAGCCCAACUGUGGACAACUUAAGAUAAGCCAUAAGGAGAUCUUAGGCGUCUCGUUUACUAAAUGCAAAGAGGAUCAAGUGAAAAAUCAAAAAAACAGUGAGGAAGUAAGAGACCCUUACGGGGAAAUGCCAGUACUUGAGAAUGAAUAUCUGAAAGAAGAGAUGCAACCUCUUUGCAAAGAGGAAGAUAAGAAUGAUGAUGGUGAGCAAAAGCAGGACAGAGAGAUGAUCGCCGAAGACAAUGAGAAGGAAUCUGAGAAUCCACAUGUGCCCAAAGGGGAAACCACAGUUCUGGAUGGAGCAGCUACAGAGGAGAAACUGUUUACCUGUGAGUUUUGUGGACGAAACCUCACGAACAACUUUGAACUGCAACGCCACAUUGUUCGACAUGGAAUAUAACGAUUUCCUUCACAUUGCGGACGGUAGCGAGGGCUUCCACCGUGGAUUUUUGUUUCGGAAGCUGUGUUUUCUUUUUAUGAAUCGUCCUCUCCUUUCUUACUAUACUGUGUAUUUCUGAACAACGUGGUUACAAAUACAUUUUUCAUGUUUUGUAGAUUUUAAACCUUUUCUAAUGAAAUGUUUUUUAUGGUACAGCCGUUAUUGGAAGGAUUUGAUUUGUUUACUCACUAACUAAAACUUCAGAACUAAUAUGGUAACUGUACAAAGUGCGUAAAGUCAUUAAGGUGUUGUUUAGAUUUGUUUAAAGACACUAAUGGAUAUCCAUGAAUAACUAUCAUGUGAAGAUCCUCCAUUUUUUUAUUCUUUUUUAAAAAAAUUCUAAUUCUUUAUGUUAAGGAAGAUUUUAAUCAAAGUUUAUUACUGUAAAACAUGCAAAAAUCAACAACAACAAACACUGUGAACUACUGUUAAAUAUAAACUGAACGUACUCAUUCAAUACCAAGACCUGAAACAACCUCAAUACCACUGACUGUGGAAACGCUUCUGCUGCCUUCAGGUGCUGUUGGAUAUUUGAAUAUGAGUUGUUGUGUACCUUGCUAGUGAGCAAUUAAACAGUUUCACAGUAAUAGUACGGUUGUAACUUACAUAAUAACUGUAUUUAGUUUGGUGUUUCAUGUUAAUAAACGUAUGUUUACUUUUUAACCUGCCUGUCUGAUAUUUACCUUUGUUGUAAAUAAACUGGAAGCGUGAUUGCCACCCCUGA